AUGCCUGGUUCUUCUCUAUCCGGUUUCGCCUGGCCCGCUGGUGCGCUUGAUGCGCCCUCCACUGGUCAGUCAGUUGUCUCGCUCCACCCCUCUUCGCAGCUGCCUGCAGCUACAUCGUCUGUCCAGGCGACUAGCACUUCUGGCAGCGACGCUCCGCCGGUAUCUUUCUCCGUCGGUGUGCCGCAGGCAAACACUACUUUCGGUAAUGGUAUGCCGUCCAGCUCAUUCGCUACUGUGUAUAUCCCCACGAUUAUAUCUAGUAGUGGCGCGCCUUCAGUGUCUAUAUCGAUCAACAUGUCAUCUGCAUCCAUCCAGCCUAUCGUUCUGGAUCCGAUGUCCCAGCCCGGUGUGCCGGUGAACGGAUCAUCUGGUCCACGUACGGUGCGCAUCACUGUCACGUCUACCGUCAUGAUACCUUCUGACAUGCCUAGCAUGGCUGCGCUUGCCAAGGCACUCGAGCAGCCGACAAGCGCUAGAAUAGCAGCUGCGGACGUCACGGGCGUGAAGUUUGACCUGUAUGAGGAGCCUGAGGCUGUGCAGACGAAGAGUUCGGGGGAAACUUCGUCGAGCAAGGGUAUCAUCUUUGGUAUUACUGGCGCGGCGGUGGGAGUUAUGUUGUUGGCGCUUAUCUACUUCAUCACUCGCUAA